AUGGUUGAGAUCACACGUAGCUCUAGGGAGCAUGGAGGCCCAUCUGCAGGGCACAUGUGCAUGAUAGAGAAAUUCACCAAGAUGAAUCCUCUGGCAUUUUCAAGAGGGACUGAUCCUGCAGUCGUCGAGAACUGGAUGCAGGAAAUUGAGAAGGACUUUGCUGAGUUGGUAGAUAGAGCAACGGUGGGUGAGGCUAGUGAGCGAAUGGAGAUAGAGGAGUGGGAACAGAAGAAGAGAUCAUGCCUUCAGGCUUUUAGCAGGGAUCUAGUCGAGGCUAAUGGAGUAGAGGAAAUUAUGGUAGAGGACAGAGGUAGGAGACUGGGGGCCAUGAGGUUCAGGGAGUGCACCUACCCUGUAUGUCAGAUAUGUGGAAAGAGACACUUGGGAGAGUGUCGAGUGGGGAGAGGCAUCUGUUAUCACUACGGUAGACCAGGACAUUUGGUACAAGAUUGCCCUACAUCAUCUGGUAUCGCUUCUGCUCCUAGACCUCACUAG